AUGUGUGUACAUGAUAAUUUCCAUAUUUCUGAUUGUAAUUCAUUCAACACCUAUAUUUUUGGAGAGCUAUGUCGUGAUUUUGAAGGUUUUCCUAAUAUUGGAAAAAACUGUACCAAACAUUGCAAAAAAAAAAUGGCUAAAAUAGUAGAGAUUACAAUGAAGCAAUUUACAGAUAUUGCUAUAAAUUAUUAUAAGGAUUCCAAAUUGGGAAAAGAAUCAUCCGCCUAUUCAUAUAUUUUGUAUUGCAGAGGACCAAGAGAUGAUGAUGAAGAAGUUGAA